AUGCCGUCAACCACCGAGACAAAGAAGGACGAGCCGAAAAAGCUGAAGCCCUGCUGCGCGUGCCCGGAAACGAAACGAGUCCGCGACGAGUGUAUCAUCCAAAACGGCGAAGAACAAUGCGGAAAACUGAUUGAAGCGCAUAAACAAUGCAUGCGGGAUGCCGGCUUCAACGGUAUGACGGACGGAGCCAGCGCGUCCAACCCAGCGGUUGGAGACGAGAAGCCGGCUCAAGAUGAUAAGAUGGUCAAGGAUUUGCUGCAGCGGGCCGCUGCCCUGAUCCGGGCUUCGAACGGGUUGCCUCGAUUGGGAGACAACUACGAGAUCUGCGUCUCGUAUGGCUCGUUUGGAGAGCUAAUGAGCGUUUCGCGGACUCGACUCCAAGUGCUUCUACAAAAAGUCUACGCAGCUGCCGGUGUGAAGGUGCGCUUCCAGCCACGUGAUGCUCAACAGAUCGGCAUUUUGGUCGACAAGAUUGUAGCGGGAAAUGAUAUUGUGACGGAAAGGACGGGAAUCCUUCUUGAUGAAAUCGCAAAAGCCAACAGGCGCGAUGCCGUCAAGGUGCCGAAGGCCAUUUCGCAGGCUGUUAGCACAAUGCGGAGCGUGGAAACGGCACCUGUGAUUCGAGACGUACCGCUGCAGCUCGAGAGACCAUUACAUCCGGGAGCCGGACUCAGCGCGGCCGAGAUUGCAAGGAGACGGACGUUGGCUCGACACAACGACAUGCUCAGCAAAGUGCAGACCCAUAUCAAGAAACCGCAGAAGGAAUUCGGUUUUGGCCGCUUCAUCGACAAUUCGUCCGACAUCUUCAAACCGAAGCUCGUGGUAAAGCACAACGCGGUCGAGCGACCAGUGGGCGUCACGAUAAUUGAUGAUGAGCCCGCCGGGCCGUCGCAAAACGAAUGGAUUUCCGACGAAUCUGAUAUUGGAAAUCCCUACAAAACUGAAUUGGAGCGCUUUGUCGUCCCGGCGAAGCAGAUGGAAUCCCAGGAAAUCUUGGCGUACAAGCCACUGGCCGAGACGCCUCUUGUUUUGGUUGAUGACUUCGAAAAGCUGGAGGCGUUGAGGGAUACACUGAAUUCCGUCUCGAUCUUUGCCGUUGACAUUGAGCACCAUGACCAUCGUUCUUUCCUCGGCUUUUGCUGCUUAAUCCAAAUUUCGACGGUGGACACCGACUACAUUGUGGAUCCUUUCAAGAUUUGGGAACACAUGCCCAUCCUCAACGAGCCAUUCUCAAAUCCGGCGAUUUUGAAGGUCCUCCACGGCGCCGACAGUGACAUCGUCUGGCUUCAGCGUGAUUUUGGCAUCUACGUCGUGAACAUGUUCGACACCGGUCGUGCGAUGAGACACCUCGGCAUGGGCAAAUAUAGCUUGCUGUACCUUGUCGAGACGCUGUGUGGGGUGCAGCUGAACAAGGAGUACCAGACGACCGACUGGCGCGUUCGGCCACUUCCGGAAGAAAUGAUCCAUUACGCUCGUGAGGAUACGCAUUAUUUGCUCUUCUGCUAUGGCACACUGCGCGAGAGAUUGAUACAAGCGGGUAACCCCACAACGCAUAACCUCCUUGCCACUGUCUAUUCCGAGUCAACAGCGCUUUGUGGAAAGAUCUACGAAAAGCCGAUAUUCGACCCUAAUGGCUUCACCCGAGGCACACUUUCUGCAAAGCGCACUCUCAAUAAUCGGCAGCUGUUCGCGAUGCGCAGCCUGUGGCAGUGGCGCGAUGAGACGGCUCGAAAGGAAGACGAGUCGCUCAACUACAUCCUCCCGGCUCAUAUGAUGUUUCAUAUCGCAGAGUCGUUGCCCCGUGACAUGCAGGGAAUUCUCAACUGUUGCUCACCCGUUCCGCCACCAGUCAAAGAACAUCUGAUCACGCUUCAUCGCAUGGUGCUGGAGGCGCGCGAUCGCCCUCUAGAAGUCACCAAUGAACAGGGAAGAACAAAGCGCACGGAAUGCGAGACGCUGAUGGCCAUCCGGAUGCGGCAGCAAAUGAACAACAACAUUGACUUUAUCCGUGGACGGCUAUUGUGGGACGAUGCCGAGGUCUACGCGGCCAUCGAAAAUGCCGACUUCCCGGCCGUGACGAAGCAGCUGCUGUUGAAGAGUUAUGCCGGGGAGGCGCCGAUUUACGAGAGAAGUGAAAAGUAUGACAUCGUUCGCGAAGGACGGGAGCUUCUCGAAAAGUUUGGAAACGUUGCGUCACCAUAUGAGUGCUAUCAAUUGGCUGUAAAGGAACGGGAUCAGCGAUUGGAAGUUGAACGCGCCAUGGCGAAAAGCCAAGCAGAUGCAGCACCGAAAGAGCAGAGAUACUCUCACCACGAUCCCGCCGUCACGCGCAAGCCGGUUGAGGAGAUCAACGAUGCCUUGGCAAAUAGCGAGGGACUUGUUGUCUUCAAAGAACCCCGUGAUGAUGAUGACGAUGAAGAAGAAGCUGCCCCAGACUCUUCUAAUCGCCAUCAGACCGUGCUCGAAGACGAUAUCCUCACAAAGAAGGCACUGAAGCGCAGGCACCAACAAGCUAAAAAGGCUGUCGACAUUCCGUUUGGACAGCCGGCGGAGAAGAUGUUGAAAAAGGAACCCAAAGUCGAGGGGUCCGGCGACUUCACGCCGGUCGACUACAGCUCUUAUGGAACCCAAAUGUUUGAGCAGCAUCACCUUGGAAAGAGGGGGUUAAUUUCGUGGGGUCGGCUCCUCGCCGGUCGCCUCAUUGCUCAUUCCAUCGAUGGCCCUAAUUUAUGCGAUGCUCCGUUUUGGGGAGCGGCAAAUAAGGCCGUGCUGCUCGCUUAUUCAUGCCAUAUUCGCAAGCCCCGCAUCGAGCCGCAA